AUUUUAGUAGAGUCCGAGGGUAUUCGAUAAAUCGAGCCUACAGGAAAUAAAUGUUUCGGCAAUAUCGCAUCAUGGAAAGGUUACAUGUCCUCCAGCGCCAUCUGGUGGGUAACAAGACACAGUCCAGACCUCGACACCAAGAGUGUGUAGCAUCUGCUCCAACCACGGACAGAUUGUGGAGACAGUCUAUUGAACAGCUUGGUGUGGAAAUUAGCGAUCCCCCAGCACAUCUUGACACUGCCUUCAGAACUCUCCUGACAUUGGAGGCUGUACAAUUUCUUGACGAGUUGGUUCGGGAGUUUCAGGAUGCUGUAGAUCAGAUGCUGAUUUCUCGUCAGUUGAAGAAAUUGAAUCUGGACACAUCUGGAAAGCUGCCAGAGUUUAGUAAAGAUGACAGUAUUCGUCAUAGCAACUGGACCGUAGCUUCUAUCCCUCAACGACUCAAAUGUCGACAUGUAGACCUCGGAGAUGUGUCGCCUAGCAACAUGGAUCACUUUAAGGCUGCUCUGAAAUCCACUGCUCAGGGGAUACAGACAGAUUUUGAUGACGGCCAUUGUCCCACCUGGACCAAUCAGCUUUCGGGGUUGUACAAUGUUUACCGGGCCAUACACGGACUAAUCCCAGGUGUCGCGUCGAUCGAACACCUUCCCGUGAUCAUGAUGCGGCCCCGAGCCUGGAACAUGGUGGAAUCCAAUGUAUUGGUUGGUGGAAAACAGAUCCCUGGGCCUCUGUUCGACUUCGGAGUACUGAUGUUCCACAAUGCCCAACACCUGCUUAAAAAAAACUCUGGCCCUUACUUCUACCUGUCCAAGCUGGAAGGCAGGCUUGAAGCUCGUGUAUGGGAUCAAAUAUUUUCAUGGACAGAAAAAAAGUUGGGGCUCCCCCAUGGCUGUGUGAAGGCCUGCGUACUCAUUGAGAACGUCCUCGCCUCAUUUGAGAUGGAAGAGAUUCUGUUUGAGUUACAAGAUCACAGUGCCGGGCUGAACUGUGGGAUUUGGGAUUACUCAGCAUCCUUUAUCAACAAGUUUGGGUGUAGGAAGGAUUUCCUACUUCCGGACAGAAACAAGUAUGUUUCCAUGGACAGACACUUCCUCAAAAGUUACAUGGACUUGGUAGUGGCCACUUGUCAUCAUCGUGGUUGCCCGGCAACAGGUGGAAUGGCCGCAUCGUUGCUUCCUGACUCACCAGCUACAAGUGUGGAUUAUGAAAAAGUUGUAGAAUCUGUUAAACAAGGAAAGGGGAAGGAGAUCAAAGCAGGUGUAGAUGGAUUCAUGGUGUACGAUAUCCGACUUCUCCAGCCCAUGCAAAAGCUGUUUAAGGAUCUAACGCCUGGAGAGAACCAAUACCAUGUGAAAAGAGAUGAGAUCACUAUUACAGCAUACGACCUCCUACUGAUGCCUUCCGGUGGAGUCACGCGUAGUGGACUAAAGCACAACAUUACUGUGGGGAUACUCUUUAUUGACAGUUGGCUGAAAGGUCAAGGUCACUUCAGUUUGAAUGGAUCAAUAGAAGAUUCAGCUACAGCAGAAAUUUCAAGGUCACAGGUUUGGCAGUGCAUUCGUCACCAGGCAAUUUUGGAGGAGGAUGGUAAAGUUAUCACCUUUGCGAUGGUUCAAUCUGUUGCCAGGGGAGUCGUACGAGAUCAGCUCUCGGUGAUUAGUGCAGGACAAAAAGUAUCCCAGAAUGACUACACCCGACUUCAGACAGCAGUGCAGAUGUUCUUGGAAAUUGUUACAAAGAAGGAUUUCCCAGAGUUCAUCACCACCUAUCUGAGUCUGAAUCAUACUUGGCUCAGCUUCCAUCAAACUGUGAAAUUAAAUUGAUUUUAUAAAGGUCAGCGAAGUGUUAUAGAGGUAUAUACACAUAGAUGAUUAUCAGUAACCUGGGAAAUCUUCGAAGAAACUGAUUUUCAUCAAAAGGUUUUAAUCAGAUGUAGGUUCAUUGCUAUUCAUUUUGAUAUCUAUAUAUAUAUAUUAUGCAUUGUAGGUAAAUCUGUGUUCAAAUCAGAAAAGGGAACAUAAAUUUUGUGUCUGAACUGAAGCAAUUAAUUUGCCGAACUUUAGAAAUAUACUUAAGUGAUUAUUUACGUUGUCUGGUUGAUAAAAAUGGAGAUUAUAUAUCAAGAUAUACUUUGUUUGAUAAUAAUUAAACCUGAAGAGCCCAGCAAAGGCUGAAAGCCGCUAGCAAGUUGGUAGUUCUAACUAUUAUUCCUUUGUGACGACAGUGUUCAGUACUUGUGUGUAUAUGUAUGUUCGAAAAUCUGUCAUUGGUCUUGGAGACUAUUUUUUGUUUAAAGGAAUUUUCAUAAAACUUUAUAGUCAAUUUGAUUUAUUGACCAGAAUUUGUAACUCGAGAUACCAAAGAAUCUGUUAUCAACCAAUCAGAAUCUGAAAUCAAAAUAAAUCAUAGAAAAAUUA